UCAAAUAUCAAAGGCACAGUUCACGUCUUCUUGCCAGGUUUCGUAAACGCCCAUUCCCACGCGUUUCACCGUCAUCUUAGAGGGAAAAGUGGAAUUGGAGGCAAAUCAGCCGAUACUUUCUGGAAAUGGCGGGACAACAUGUAUGCGUUGGUGGAUGGUAUUACAACAGAGAAGCUUUACGAGUACUGUUACCGUACGUUUCGCGAGAUGCUCGAAGCAGGAAUUACCACUGUUGGAGAGUUUCAUUACGUACAUCAUGGUACAAGCAGAUUCGAUCUGGAUACGGCUGUUCUGAGAGCUGCACAAGAUGCCGGCAUACGCAUGACCCUCAUCCAGACAUUCUACGAAUACGCCAGCUUCGAUCAGCCUCUACUUCAUCCAGUUCAGGAGAGAUUCGUUUCCAGCUACCAGGAGUUUAUUGACAACCUUAACGAAUUGCUAAAGUUUGCCAGUCAAACAGUCACCAUUGCGGUGGCAGCACAUUCUGCACGUGCCGUAGGUUUCGAUAACAUCAAGAAGCUAUAUAACUAUGCAUUAGAAAGGAAUCUCGCCUUCCACAUUCACAUGGAAGAACAACCGAAAGAGAUCGAUGAUUGUAUGCGAUUCAUUGGAGAAAAGAAGGGUCCGUCCGAUGUGCUACUCGAAGCUCUCGAUAUAGGCCCUCUUUUCUCGGCUGUGCAUGCAACCUAUACUCCACUAGCAAAUAUGAAGAAGUUUACGCAGCAUGGCGCAAAUGUGGUCAUUUGCCCAUGCACCGAAGGCUAUUUGGGAGACGGUAUCCCACAUAUUGUGGAUAACCAGCAUAUCAGCUUUGGUACUGACUGCAACAAUCGUAUCAGUUUUCUGGAGGAAAUGCGAUGGGCUUGUUACUCUCAACAGGUUCGACAUCCCUCACAAUCUCUAAUAAUUUUCUACGAGAAAUGUUUCAGAUGCGUCACAACUCCCGCAGCGUGGGUGGUCUAUCUGCACUUCGUCUGCUUCACAACGCCACUAUGGGAGGUCGGCAAACAACUGGAUUACGUCUCGUUCGACCUGAAUUCUCCCGUUCUAACUGGACUUCAUGCCGACACCUUGAUUGACGGUAUCGUCUUUAGCUGCGGCAAUCGAGAAAUCAGCAAGGUUGUCGUUGCUGGAAUCGAACAAGUCCAUCACUAG